CUGAGUGGAGAAUUUACACAUCUCCAAUAUAACUAAUCCAACAGCUAGCUUCCCAGGCAACUUUAACCGUCUAAUUAGACUACGAGACGAUGAUACGGGAGGCGGUGGCUCCUAUUUCAAAACGGAAGAUGAGAAUAAUUGUCCAGGACGACGUCGCAGUUAUGGAAUAAAAACAGUGCUGGAAUUGAGGGGGGGUAAAGGCCCUUUGCUUUAGCCCAGCAUGGACAGCUUCUUCAAGGCAGCUGUAUGUGAUCUGGACAAACUGCUUGAUGACUUCGAGCUCAAUACCGAGGAACUUGAAUGCAAAUCUGUUUUCCUGAAGCCUUCUGUGUUCCCCUUCUCCUCACUGGGCUCUCAGUGUUUAUCCUCAGAGGCGUCCACUGUCCCACCAAACCUCCCUGACCUUAAUUCUCUUCAUUAUGGUUCUGCCACCAGCUGUCCUGACCGCUCCAGCAGUCAUAAUGGCAACGGCGAUGACACAGAGGUCAAAGGUCAACCUCUCACCACAGUGGACCUUCUCUCGUCCGUGGAUCGCAGGCCAGCUAAAAGCUCUGCCCCUCCCUGCCCAGAUAGAGCUCUGAAGCCAGUGUGUGACCUUGUGAAUGACACAAGCUCUGCCAUCCUGGUCAGGGCCAACAGCCACGAUGCUUUCAGUGAGCUGGACGUGGUGGAAAAGCAAAUGGAGGAGGAAGAGACGCUGCUUGUGGACUUUGACAGCCCCGUGGUCACUGAACAUGGAGAGGAGCAAGGACGGCCAAACCAAAGUGCUGGCUGCAGAGACGCCAAGGAGGAGCAAGCCUCUGCAGGGACGGACGAGCUGCUGGGUUUAGACAUCCAAGAGCAGAGCGGUGAAUACUCUUCAUCUCUCAGUCUGCUGGAUGUCAUUCUUCCUGCCGCAGUGGAGAGAGGCUCUGAACCCACAGAUGAUUCUCUGUCACCGAGGACCUCUGAGCCAGCUGAUAAAGAAGAGAGGGGCUGUGAUGAGGUGGCUCCCGCAAGCCAAGUGGUGGAUAACUCCUUAGACCGCUGUGAAGAGGAGGGCACCCUGCCUGUGGAUAGCAUUAAAGGAACAGAAACCUCAGUGAGUAAUGAGGAUGAGUUACUAGAGGCCUCGGAUAAAAGCGAGGCAGAGUCUUCUGUCGGUCCAAAGUCAGGGGCGCCAGACAGCGAAGCGGUUGGCUUGUCAUGCCUGCCCUUAGCUGUGUCCAUGUGUGGAGCUCUGGUCAACCAGAAGGCAGCAGAAGAUGAGUCUGGGCAAGCUGCUGAGCUCUGUGACGAGGCAGACGUCUCUGAAAGCACAGAAGCGGACUCCCUGUCAGCCUUGGAAGCCAGGGAGGACAGGUCCCGUUUAGAAGCUGCUGACUCAUCAGUUUCUGUGUCCCAGCAUGUUGCAGAGGGCAGGGCUUCACCAGAGGGGCAGCAUCUCUGUCUUGAACCUGCUGCUGCAGUCCCUUCUGCAGACCUCGCCUCCUGCGGCUGCCCAGAACCCAGCCCAGUUGAUCCUCCAGAGUUUGGCUUUGAAUACCUGCCAGAGAGUGACCAGGCUGAGCUGCUGGUUACAGACGAGGAGUUAGAUGCAUUCCUGCAGGCACACACAGAAGCAGAGCAGGGGAGCGGGGUCUCUUAUUGCAACAGUUCUGGAGAUUUUACUCAACCUGAGAGUCUCUCAGGAUCAAAUGGAGAUCUGGAGGGUAGGCUGGUGGAGGAGGAGCUGAGGAGCUGUGGUCAAGGUAGGCAGGAGGAUCUGGAGGGUCUGGCUUCUCCAGAAAGUGACAGAACAAUGUGUGUGUCUGUAGAGGGAAGUUUAAACCCUGGUGCUCCAACACUAUUGCAGGACUCUUGCAGACCUUGCCAAGAAGAGCCAGAACUGUCCUCUGGGUUUAGCCGUUCUUCGACCAGCAAUGCUUUCCAGUCCCAGCACAGCAGUAGCCCUGAUCAGCAGCCCUCCUAUGGAGGUGCAAGACCUAAAAAGCCACACUGCCAAACUGCUAGAUCUCCACCAGCAGGAGAAGAAGGAGAGGAGCAAGCUCAGAUGCUCAGUGUUUCUGCAAAAGCGCCAAGUACAGCAGAGGAUGAAGAGAGUUCGCCCAAAAACACCAGUCUUACAGAGGAGCAUUCCAGCAAUAGGGAUUUGAGCCCUAUAUACGCUGCUCAGGAGCAUCAGGAGUACAGUGUGGGGUAUGAUGAACUCUCAGAGCCCCCUCCUUACCCUGGGGAGCCACCCACAGAUGGUGCCAGGCCAGUGAAUUGGAAGAGAGAGGGAGUGGAGGAGUUGGGAAGCAGACAGCCAGCUUGGGUGCCAGACUCUGAAGCUCCCAACUGCAUGAACUGCUACCAGAGGUUCACGUUCACCAAGAGGCGGCAUCACUGUCGAGCCUGCGGGAAGGUGUACUGCGCUGUGUGCUGCAACAGGAAGUGUAAGCUGAAGUACUUGGAGAAGGAGGCUCGUGUUUGUGUCAUCUGCUUUGAUACCAUACACAGAGCUCAGGCCCUGGAGCGGAUGAUGAGUCCUGUGGGUCCCAGUCCAAACCCCAACGUCCCAUCUGAGUACUGCAGCACCAUCCCCCCUUUGCAGCAGGCUCGCGCCGCCGGCACUCUUAACUCUCCUCCGCCAACCGUCAUGGUGCCUGUGUCCGUUCUCAAACACCCAAACAACGACAGCUGUCCGCGUGAACAGAAGCGCGUGUGGUUUGCUGAUGGCAUCUUGCCAAACGGCGAGGUGGCGGACACGACCAAGCUGUCGGUGACGAGCCGCAGGAGCUCCCAGGAGUUCAGCGGUGUCACUCCAGACCCGACAACACCUGGCUCAGCGGGGUCGGAGGUCGGAGUCGGUGGCUCCUCCACCCCUGAAGCAUCUGGGUCUGUAGAGGUGGUUCGACCUCCAGUGUCUGGACCCUGGGACUACGCCCUGCUAUCUGGAAUCAGCUCUUCAGUGAAGAGGGUUCCCAGUUUGCUACCAGAUAAUGAGGAUGAGCUCCCUCCUCUGCUCAUCACCACCGGAGAGGAUGAAGCAGGAGAUGUUUUGGUCGAGGAAAGUCCUGCUCCGUGCCAGAUUCUGCACUUAUUAGAGGAGGGGGGACCUCGACCUCUCACGUUCGUUCUGAACGCCAACCUGCUGGUCAAUGUCAAACUGGUUACAUACUGCACUCGGCAGUGCUGGUGUUUUGGCUCUAAUGGGCUUCAGGCUCUGGGACAGAGAGAGUUGGUGUUUUUGUUGGAGUGUUUGCCAGAAGAGAAAGCGCUUCCAAAAGACCUCUUCACACUCUAUCUCAACAUUUACCAAGAAGCCCAAAAAGGGAAGUUCUUGGAGGAGCUGGACAACGUGACGUUCACGAGCAGUUUUCUGGGCAGUAAAGACCACGCUGGGAUGCUCUUCUUCUCUCCCACCUGUCAGCCUCUAGAUGGCCUCACUCUCCCCGCUCAGCCCUUCCUGUUUGGCCUGCUCAUCCAGAAACUGGAGGUGCCCUGGGCCAAAGUCUUUCCGCUCAGGCUGCUUCUACGGCUCGGAGCUGAAUACAGUGUGUAUCCCACUCCAGUGACGAGCGUCCGUUUUCGAGACUCGGUGUACCGGGAGACAGGACACACCAUCAUGAAUUUACUGGCUGACCUGAGGAACUACCAGUACAGUCUGUCGGUGGUGACGGGCCUGAGGAUCCACAUGGAGAUGGGCCACAGCUACAUCGACAUUCCCAAAAGUAGUUUCAAUGAGAUGCAGAAGGUGGUAAAUGCAUCCAACGAGCACGUCAUCAGUAUUGGAGCAUGUUUCAGCUCCGAGGCCGACUCUCACCUGGUGUGUUUCCAGAAUGAGGAGGGAAACUAUCAGACUCAGGCGAACAGCAUGCCUGGGAAGACCCGCACAGUGACUGGGGCCAGUUUUGUGGUGUUCAAUGGAGCCCUGAAAGCCUCCUCUGGCUUCAUUGCCAAGUCCAGCAUUGUUGAAGAUGGGUUGAUGGUGCAGAUCCCUCCAGAGACCAUGGAGUCUCUGCGCACCGCCCUGAGGGAGCAGACGGACUUCCACAUACCCUGCGGCAGGAACGAUGGAGGGGAGCUCCGAGAAAACGUCACUGUCCGCUGGGUUGACUGGACCUCCCCUGUCAACACAGGCAAAACCAGCGGGGUUGAUGGGAGACCUCUGGAUGGGGUCCACAGUGUGAGGGUGCUGCAGGACACUGAGUUUGAGUCUGACGGACACACAAUCAGAUGCACUGAGGUGUUCUACCAGAUCAAGACUCCGGACAGCAGCCUGGUGUCAGUGCUGUCGUCCUGCAGCGUGUUUCAGAAGGAGAUGGCUUCGGCCACCUGCAGCGCUCUGAGUCCUCACCUCGCUGUUCUCACCUCCAGCGGCAUCAACUCGCUCUCUCUUCGCAUCUCUACGCAGCCUGAUAUGGUGGAGUACCAGGCUGGCUGCGGAGGCCGGCUCCUCCCUCAACGCUACAUGAACGAGCUGGACGGCGCUCUGAUCCCCGUCAUCCACGGAGGUAGCGCUAGUGUACCACAGACUGCCAUGGACAUGGAGUUCACGUUCUACAUCACACACACCAUCUAAUGCACAUGCUGACCAUGACACACUUCAACUCGAACAGACAGAAAUCCACUGAACAGACGUGGGUGAGCACAGAAAGAGGAGCUGUCGGUCGCGGCGGGACUUACGCUAAUGCAGCGUCUCAUUUUGCACAGUUGGACAUGCAGCCAAUCACAGAGGACGAGCAGCCGCUGGCAGAGCGUCUCCUCUCUGAGGCUGGGACGUAGUUCGGAGGGAUGUAGACCGAUGCGAUCUGUUGGCUUUCUGUGAAGGAACCGUUGUAUGUUUGUGUGUCUCGUGAUCACCAAAGCUGCUUUAAUACAAGAAGCCAAACACUAAACAAGGAAUACAACAACAUGACCAAAUACAACCAAACUACUCAAACCGUUUUCUUCUGCUCUGCCUUCCAGGCUCCCCACUGGCCUCCGUCGGCUCGGAGCCCCUCAGUGAAUGUUCCACACAGACACUCUAUGGAAAUGUCUCUCAUUUGGAUGUAUUUAUUAUAUUUUAAUACGGGCUCCUUGAGUGAAAUGAUAUUAAAGCAAAAGGACAUCACUGA